AUGAAUACGAAUAAUAUAAAUACUCCAUUAUCAAAUAGAUCGGAUGGUGCGGAUCCAGGAUCGAUUAUUCCUUCUAUUUAUCCUUCUGCUUCAGCAACGACACCAAAUAAUUAUUUAUCAAAUCGUACAUUUAUACCACAAACUCCAGCAUCUAUUAAUUCAGAAAUGGAUACAUCAACAAUAGCAACAACAUCAAAUGUAACAUCUAUACAACAAAAUGAUCAACGAAGAAAUAUUAUUCAACAACUUGCACUUUUACUUCAUGCACAUAAAUGUCUUCAACGUGAACGACAAUCACAAUCUUGCAAUGGAGAUAGUCAUGGAAUAGCACCCACAACAACAUCUUUAAAUCCUUGUACAUUACCACAUUGUGCUACAAUGAGGACUGUACUUCAGCAUAUGACAAAAUGUGCUGAUUUUAAAAAUUGUUCUUGUAAGUUAUUGAAUAGUUCACUUGCCAUUCGAUGAACUUAUUGAUUUUGUGAAGAAUAUUUAAGAUUUUGAGAAGUAGAUCAAUACAUAUCUAUAUAUACGCUCUGAUCGAUUGUGAAACUCAAAUAGACGAAUGUAAUGCUAUAGAUUUUCCAUAGAAAUCGGUGUUUUGUUGAUAAAGAUAACGAGUAAUCGAAAAGUAAUUAGAUAAAAUGUUCAUUCACUUUUUUUAGCCUUUUAAGGAGUCUUCAGAUUGAAUUUUUUGGAUAUGAUUUUAAAAAAAAAUUUUGUAUGACUUCUGAUUUAGGAGUUAGAAGCUUUUUUUUUUUUUGAGGUACAAAAAAUUAAUUCAAUGAAAGAACAAACAUGUCUCAAACUAAAAUGGUACUUUAUUGAUUAGUUAGCUCUAACGAUGGAACAUAUCCUACUGCCAGGUACCAUUCGACUUUACAUUAGGACUAUGAGUAGGUUACGAUGAGGCUAAGAAAAACUGAAAACGGUUCGUGUUUAUGGCCCACCAGUGAAGAGUUACCGUCGUUUUAGUGAAAUUGUUACUGACAUCAAAGGCAUUUUCCACAGAAUCCAAAACAAGGAGUUUCAACAGAGGUUUAUUAUAGAAGGACACAGUCAGUUCAAAAUUAUUGUCCUGGACUUUGUCAAAAAUGUCUUAUUCCUGUGUAAAAAUUCUACUAAAACUGUUAUAACUCUUCAAUAGUAUUUUAUGAGCCGAAGUCGUUUGAAGCUUUUUUUGUUAGUCUUAUCAAGAUCUAUUAAUAGUCUGAAAUACAGAGCCGAAUGGCGUCCGACAAUCAGAUAUGUUUCCUCGUAAGUUAUUUGCUAACAGCGAGUGUUUUGGUAUAUUGGACUCCGUGUCAAUUUAUGCAAUUUUCUAGAUUUCUAUGAAAAAUAGACUUGCAAAGUGAACUUGAGUGUUCCUGAAUAGUUGUUCUGAAACUCUAAGUUUUUAUAUCACUUUCUAGAGAACAAUUUUGCAUUUUAAUUUUUGUUGCAAUAAAUGUCAAUCUUCUUCGUCCAAAAUUAAUUUUCGCGCUCUUGAAAAAUCAACUCAGAAUUUCUACAAAAGUUUUGAAGCUUUAUUCGGAAAGAACACAAAAUUCUGAUUCUAACUCAAUCUGCAUGCACUUUAAAAGGGCUAAAAAAUAAAUCAACAUGUUGUCCAAUUACUUUUCAAUCACUCGUUAGAAUAGUUCAAGAGUAUCUACACUGAAAUAAACUAUUGAUAAUUGAAUCAGAUUUUUGAC